AUGAAGAACCCAUCGUUGCGGUUUCGGGUGGUCAGAGAUUGGCGCGCACGGCCCUCCGGCUCUUUGUGUGCAAAGUCAGUCUUCAGUUUAAGAAAAUCGGGAAUCUUUGUUGGCCUGGCCAUCAAGCCUGGCACUACAGUUGAACACUUGGCACCUUGGGCCAAUCAGAUAGACAUGGCUUUGGUGAUGACAGUAGAACCUGGAUUCGGAGGGCAGAAAUUUAUGGAAGACAUGAUGCCAAACGGAAACCAAGUUCAGUGGCUGAGGACACAGUUUCCGUCGCUGGAUAUUGAAGUGGAUGGCGGAGUUGGGCCUGACACCAUCCAUAAGUGCGCAGAGGCAGGUGCAAAUAUGAUUGUAUCUGGCAGUGCUAUUAUGAAGAGCGCAGAUCCAAGAUCUGUGAUCAAUCUUCUAAGGAAUGUGUGUUCAGAAGCAGCUCAAAAGCGCUGUCUGGAUCGAUGAGACCUACCCAAGCAGUGUUCAAGAAGGCUCUGUGCGUGCAGGAGAACCCUUGUUUCUCAUGCGUAAGGGAGGGCUGGAUGAACAUUAAUUAUGGAAACUUGUUGCUGCUGAACAGAGGAAUCAUUCCUUCGCUGCAAUGAAGCAAGCAGCAGUGAAAAACAUUCUGGCUGUCUUUCAGGGAUGGAAGUGGUUUGAACCUGUCUCUUGAUUCUGUGGAGGCUAAUUUUAUGGCACAACCUGUAACGCUGACUGGACUGAACUCAACUUCAGACAGUUUUUUGCUUGCUAGAAGAGUGUAACACCACCACAAGCAAUCUCUCUUGUGGAAGACUCUAAUCAAACUGCCUUCUGCUGUCUGUAUUUUGUCAUUUGAUCUGUGCAUUCCUACAAAAGUUUUCCAGUAUCUAUCUGCAUUAAACACCCCUCUCUUGGUGUG